AUGGUGCACACCUUAUGGAGCUGUACCUACAUCAAAGUAGUUUGGAAUUCAGAUUUUAAUUGGGUGGUUUGUUGUCCAUCGGACUCUGAGUCUUUCUCGGAUGUCUUGCAAAAAAUCCGAGCAAAACUGGCCUUAGUUCCUUUAUUUGCUACUACGGCUUGGUCAAUCUGGUUCCAAAGAAACAAAUCUCGCCAACAAGACCAUCCCCUGCCCCUCCACAGCAUUGCUGGUUUUGCAAAAAAUUAUCUCUGUGAAUUCAGGGGGUUGGUCAGUCCAAAACCUCUCAAACGACGGACUGUUUCUCGCAGAUGGUGUCCGCCAGCAGCUAGCUUGGUGAAGAUUAAUUUUGAUGGUGCUUGGUACAAUGAAUCAGAGAAAGCGGGAUUAGGAGUGGUAAUCCGAAAUGGCGAGGGCCAGGUGUUGGCUGCCAUGUCCGAGCAAAUUGUAAAGCCUCCUUCCGUUGAAUUAUUGGAACUUCUUGCUGCCAAGCGUGCCGUCUCCUUUGCUGCAGAAACGGGUCAUGAGCAGGUGGUUUGCGAAGGCGACUCUAAAUCUGUAGUCAAUUCUUUAAGGGGUACUGGCAAGGAAAAUUCCCAGGGAGGGCAUUUAAUUAGGGACAUCAAAUCCCCAUCAAACUCAUUUCUGAGAAUUUCGUUUGCUCAUGUUGGUCGGCUAUGCAAUGCAGUUGCACACGCUUUAGCCCAGCGAGCGAGUUAUGGCUUUUGUAUUGGAUGA